GUGCGGUGGACGGUCCGCUGUGGCCAGUCCCGACCGGCCACAGCGAUCGCUGUGUGCGGUGACGGAAGGCUGACGUAGGGACGCAGUGGGCGGAGCUUGGAGGCUGUGUGCGGUCCGACCGCACACAGGGGCCCGUGAACAGCCCUCGGAUUUUGCAUGGACAGUAAUCACAAAGUAGAUUUUCGUGUGGAUGUAGCUGCAUUUGACCCGAUACAUCUGUUGGGCAGCGGCCAUGGCCGGCGCUGUGAUAGAGAAUCUGAGCGGCCGCAAGCUGGCCUGUCUGUGCUCGGUACUGCUGGUGGCAUUGUUGGUCUGCUUCCUGCUGGGCGGUCUGGUGGCCCCUGAGCCGAGCAGUUCGCAAAACAUCCUUGGGACCAUAUGUCUGGACCACGAGCGUGAGCCAGACCGAUGGUUCCAGGUGUGGAGCGUCAUCGGCAGUGAAAAGAUGUGCGACAAGGCGGACAAAGUGGACGACCUGAUGGACACUGGCAUUUCAUCUGAACAGGUGGUGUUCGCCUUCCAGAUGCCUCUGCGCAGAGGUGCCGUGCUGGACUUUACCCGCUGGCAGCAAAAUCUGAUCGGUGUACUUCAGCUGGACAUUGACCAUGACUCGCAAUAUGAGAUGGUGCCCAACGCCACGUUGGCGCUGGACGUGCGACUCGGCUACAAGAACAAAGAAGACAAGACAGAGGACUGGACGCUGCUGGCCGCCUCAGUUGAGGAGCGCCAUCUCAUCUGCGACUUGGACUCUGAGCAGAGCUACCGCUAUAACUGCGACCUGAUUCCACUGUUCGAGCUGGGCUCGCUCCACCACGACUAUUAUUUGCUUAACUUGCGUCUGCCGCCGAACAUGGAGAACCAGCGCAAUGUCGGCAUCGGCAAGCUCGUCGACAUCAACCUGGUGGCCAUCUUCCAGAACGGCGGCUUCACCAAGGUGUGGGUGUCGCUGAAGACCAUCUUCUUCCCGCUGGUGGUGGUGCUGCUCGUCUGGUUCUGGCGGCGCGUGCAGGCGCUCCAGCGCGAGCCGGCUCUCAUCGAAUGCAUGCUGUUCUCGCUCGGCAUCUGCCUGAGCGUGCUGAACCUGCCGCUCGAGUUCCUGACUCUGCGCUUCGACAUGCCGUACAUGCUGCUGAUCACGGACAUUCGCCAGGGCGUCUUUUACGCGGUUCUGCUGUCGUUUUGGCUGGUGUUCGCCGGCGAACACCUCAUGGUUUCGGAGGAUUGUGACCGCAACCGGCUGGCCGCUUACUGGAAGCACCUGUCUGCGGUUGCCUGCGGCUGUAUCUCGCUCUUUAUUUUCGACAUGUGCGAGCGCGGCGUGCAGCUGACAAACCCGUUCUACUCCAUCUGGGGCACGCGCGUCGGCACAAACCUGGCUCUGAGCUUCAUCAUCAUGGCGGGCGUGUCGGCCAGCCUUUACUUCUGCUUCCUCUCCUGGAUGAUCUGGCGCGUCUUCUGCAACAUCAACGUGAAGCGGCACUCACUGCCGGCCAUGUCGUCGGUCCGCCGUCUGCACUACGAGGGCAUCAUCUACCGGUUCAAGUUUCUGAUGCUGGCCACGCUGACCUGCGCCGCCAUGACCGUGAUCGGAUUUAUCCUGGGCCAAGUAGCCGAAGGCCAGUGGAAGUGGGACGACGAGAUCUCGCUCAACUACACGUCUGCGAUCCUGACGGGGGUGUACGGCAUGUGGAACGUCUACACGAUGGCCGUCAUCUGCCUGUACGCGCCGUCGCACAAGCGCUGGCCGACGGCGGCGGCUGCCGGCGGCGUGGCGCAGCUCGACAGCCAGUCGGAGGAAAUCGAGUUCUCGCGUCUGGCCCCGGCCAACGACGAGCCCAGCGACCUCACCUCGCUCACCCAGUUCGUGCGCAAGGCGGCCACCGACUAGCGGCCCCCUGCCCGGCUGUGGCACGCCGCUGAGCUGGCGCGCCAUGAGCACCUCUGUCCCGCCAUGCUGUCUGGCUGACACGGUGCGUUGUCUAUGGCUUUAGCCGAGGAAGGCAGCUUUGCUCCAACGUUCUUGAUUUGUAUGUCCCCGUAUAUGAUAAUGAUGGAUCUUGCCAUCACACUCCGAAAGGUCCGGCCACAGAUGUUGCCCAUUGCAUGCAAUCUCACAUUAUAACAUUAGAACUGGCAGCCGUUAAACAACUUUGUUAUCUCAAUAAUUUCACCAGAAUCUCGCUAAGACAAUAAUAGCUAAGAAGUGCAAAUGGUACAUUUUUCAAGGCAAGGAUCGCUACUUAUCGGUUUAUGACGUCGAUUUAUGUGUAGAUAGUGAUUUUUCACAUUAAUUGUAUCCUGUGUCUCAGUUCAUCAAUGGUCUGCAAGAUUGGGCAUUGUUAAUUGCAGUUUUCUCUUUGCUUGCCUUUCAUUUAUGACUAGCUCGCCGGGAGGAACAAGGAGGCAGCAAUGACGUCCCAGACCAUUUUUCCAGCUGUGUUCUGCCCAUCCACUGUGUGUUGAACUGGUGUCAAAUCCGCGACGGAGCCCCUUUACCAACGUCGUUCAUCGAUCUCCUCAUUGUCUGUGUUGCAUGUGCGUUGGCACUCAUGCCUUCGUCUGUAGAUGCUUUUCCUUGCCGUCACAUUUUUAUUAAUGUUUUCUAAGAGCUGUUAUUGAAAGAUCAUCGUGUCCUGUGUUACUGUUGAUUCGGAGUUUGCUAGAAAUGCUACACAUAGCGCGUGUUAGCUAGUGCCAAAUAUCUGUUCAAAGCUGUGUGUACGUCUUGCCAGCAGGACACAAGCUGUGUAUUUGUGGAAUCUCCCAUCUGAUGCUGGGUAGCGGUCGUGGCCACGGCAGACCCGUGCCAGAAACGCCAGCGGCACAGCUGUAUCUUACAUUUUGGUAUCGCGCUGUUUUGCGUCGGUAGUCUCUGAAUCGCUGUUCAGUAAUUGUGCGUCGCUGUGCGCUUUAGCUCGUAUCGUCUAAGCAUCUUCGAUGUAUAAUUGUGAUGUUUGGUGUACUUUUGCUUCUUGUACCACCUCGAUGGGCAGUUUUUCAAUAAACUUUGUAUCGUUUAA